AUGCUGAAUAACACCAUCAAGCGGGCCAUAGGGCCGACAGCAUCCCAUGUUCGCACCCUCGGGAUGGCCGCCAUGAGCAGCGCAGGCGCAGCGCCAUUGGCUAAGAAGGAGGGAGAUAUUUCUGAUUCAUUCGGUUCCCUGUCAGGCACAGAAGCCAAGCCGCUACCAGAUAGCUUUCGCGAGUUAAAGCUAUCACUUGUGGCAGGCCGGGAAGAACAGAUCAAGGCUAGCUGGAACCGCCUACUGCAGCGGCUGAAAAUCGAGAAUGAUAUCGUGGCACAGGGUGGAUCCAACGUCAUCCCAGAGGUCCAGUAUGAUGAAUUACUCGGCAACAUUGACCGACUCAAGGAUGAAAUUCACAAGCGUGGUGUUGUGGUCAUCCGGGGAGUCAUCGGCGAGGCAGAAGCCCGUGCAUACAAGUCUGAGAUCGAGGAAUAUGUCCGUAAAAAUCCCAGCACAAGAGGUCGGCGAUAA